AAUACAGUGGCAGCUGCACUCUUUGAAAAUCUUUACUAGUAGCUAUUGUUUCUGUUCUCUGGAACCUCUUUAAGCCUAGGAUCAGACACAAAGACUGAGCUCCGGGCCCAUGAUCCUAGUUUGUCCCUGAAGUAUGAGGCUGGUGACUGGAGUAACUGUGUUUCUGACCUUGGGGACUGUGAUUGAUGCUAAGACCACCCAGCCCAAUUCCAUGGAUUGUGCUGAAGGAGAAGAUGUAAAAUUGCCUUGUAACCACUCUACCGUCAGUGUGGAUGAUUAUAUACACUGGUAUCGGCAAAAUCCGAGUCAGAGUCCACAGUAUAUAAUUCAUGGCUUACGAGACAAUGUGACCAACAACAAGGCCUCUCUGACCAUCGCAACAGACAGAAAGUCCAGCACUUUGAUCCUGCCCCAGGUCACCUUGAGAGACACUGCUGUAUACUACUGCAUUGUGAGAAAGGCACAUUGGGACAGAUGGGGCUGCACCUGUGCAAUAUCUCUCUGGAGGCAAGGGGGCAGGGUGGGAGGUAGCAGCCAUCAAAAGCAAAUCUGGAAGGAGAGUCAGAGAGCAAUAAGAAAGGAGGAAAGUUUUUUAAAUUUAUUUAGAAGUCUUGCAUCUCUAAAGAGUUUUCAACAUUUUUUGAUAUUCCCUCAGCAACACACAGAUCCAUCUCAUCAUAGAACGCUCAUGGGGAGCAAAAGUGAAAGCCCAGAGCUGAGUCUCCUUCAUUCCACACCAGCUCCCACUGUCCUCUCAGAGAAAGCCAGUUCUGAUAGUUUAAGGUGUAUCAUGCCAGCCUCUUUUCUUUCAAUCACAUAUAUAUAUAUAUAUCUUUGCAUAUAAGUUGAUGCAAUUACAUACACAUUUACAUGCACACAUAUACACACACACAGACAAUUGGACUUUUUUGAAAUUUUUCACAACAUCCCUUUUGAUUUUCAUGCAGUAAAGUGUCCUGGAGAUAUCUCUACAGUAGAAAAGAAGUAGAGAAGUCCAUUUAAUUCUUUUUGAUGCCUAUUUAAUACUUUGAAACAUUCCAUCAUUUAAUGAA